AUGGCAUUCAUAUCGUACGCCAUCUACUUGAUUUUCUUGCCGAUUCGAUGGCUUCUGUACCUCGUCAUCGUGAAGGGAUUUCACUACAUCUUUCAGACGCUCGGAUUUACGAUUGGUUUGCUCGGCGGCUUAGUUGCUGGCUACUUCAUUUUCAUUCAUAAGCUCCCAACAGCCGUGGAGGAGCCAGAGGUGAAGGAGCUGAUUCCCGAGGGCGCGACGCUCAAAGAGGAGGAGUUGCAGGAGUACUACUCGUAUCUGCCGCCGUGGGUCAGCAACCCGGACUACGAACGCGUGGACUGGAUGAACAAGCUCGUCGCUGAGAUGUGGCCCUACCUCAACAAGGCCAUCAGCGAGCAGAUCAGGGAGAUUGGGACGCCCAUUCUCAAGGCCCAGCAGCCCGCAUUCAUCGAAACUCUUGAAUUCCAGGAGAUCGACCUGGGGACCAUCCCACCCGCCGUCCUUGCCAUCAAGUCGUUUGACACCACGGACGACGAGGUCAUCCUGCAGACGGCACUGCGCUGGGCGGCCAACAACAACAUUAUCGUCACUGCCUCCGCCAAGGGCUUUACUGGCACCGUGCAGAUCACCGACCUGCAGGUGGCAGCAGUGACGCGCAUCACGCUCAAGCCGCUCGUGCCCAUCUUCCCCUGCUUCUCCACUAUCACCGUCUCCUUCAUGGAUAAGCCACAAGUCGAUUUUGGUCUCAAGGUGGUGGGACUAGAUGUCAUGGCCAUCCCCGGCCUCUACACCUACGUGCAGAAGACCAUCGGCGACGUAGCAGCGAGCAUGUACAUGUGGCCCAAGGUGCUCGAGGUCUACGACGACCAGCCGCUCGCCCCCAUUGGCUGGCUGGUCAUUACCCACAUUAAAGGCACCCAUCUGCGCAAUCUGGGAGGCAUGAUGGCCAAGUCCGACCCCUACGUGCGCUUCUCCAUCGACGGUCGCGCGCUGGGCCGCCGCAGCACGUCAGUCAAGAAGGACGAUUUGGACCCCGACUGGGGCAAGGAGGAGCUGCUGGUGCGCGUGGCGGAUCUUCAGAAGCAGAAGCUGCAUAUUGAAGUGUUCGACAAGUCCUUUACGAACAAGCCAGACAAGCUGAUGAGCGUCACGCGCGUGGCUCUAGAAGGAAUUCACGAGGGUGCCCCCACGCACUUUGAGUCCCGCCUCGUGGCUCGCUUUGCUGAUCUCGAGCCGGGCGCGCAGACAGGCAGCAAGAAGGACCUUGGGUUCCUGGGAUUCGACAUUAAGCUGCGUCCGUUGGCCAAGGGAGAGGCAGAGAUGCCAGACGACGUUGAGAUCGAGGUCUUCCCGUCGUGGCUCAAGGUGGGGGGCGGCCGCCUGCGCAUGAUGCUCCGGGAGGGGGAGAACCUCGAGUCCAACAAGCACGCCAACCCCUUCGUGCAGCUGCGCUUCCGCGCGCACGAGUGGACGAGCAAGGUGCACAAGAAGGCGGCGGAGCUGACGUUCGAUGAGGACGACAAGUGGGAGCUGCUGCUGGAUGAGCCUCCUGCCAAGGACGUGCUCCAUGUGAAGGUCUACAGCAAGAACAUGAGCACGCUCUCCAUCUCCUCCUCCAAGGACCUGAUUGGUCACUGCGACAUCAAUCUGUCAGACGUGGUGGCCAAUGGGCGAAUCAACGACUUCUAUCUGCUCUCAGACUCUCCCAAGAACGGGCGCAUCAAGAUCGAGCUGCAGUGGCACGAGCGCACCCCUGAGUCCACCGUCGUCAACGAGCCUCCUCCUGCCACCCGCGUGCAGUAG